AUGGCCUCCCCGUCCAGCAAGCAGCCCUCCAAGGCGCCGUCCUCGCCCCUCAAGACGGCCUAUCUCGUCCUCUACAACGCCGCCUCGGCCGCUGCCUGGGCCGUCGUCCUCGCCCGCACCGUGUCCUUGUGCGCCCUGCCCGGGCCCUUGUUUGUCUACGAUGGCGUCGGCCAAUGGGCAAAGUGGACGCAGACCAUGGCCGCCAUGGAGAUUCUGCACUCGACGCUCGGCGUCGUCCGCGCACCUCUCUUCACCACGCUCAUGCAGGUCUCGUCGCGCUUCCUCCUCGUCUGGGCCAUCGUCGACUCCUUCCCCUUCCUCGCCUUUUCGCCAGUCUACUCGUCCAUGCUCGUCGCCUGGUCCGUCACAGAGGUCAUCCGCUACUCCUACUUUGCCCUCUCCCUGUCCGGCUGGCAGCCCGCCGCCCUCACCUGGCUGCGCUACAACACCUUCUUCGUCCUCUACCCCGUCGGCAUCCUCAGCGAGUGCUCCCUCAUUUACAUGGCCGCAGACCCGGCCGGCAUGCGCAGUCCCCUCGAGAAGUAUCUGCUAUACGCCAUCCUUGUCAUUUACGUGCCUGGUGCCUACGUCCUCUACACUCACAUGAUGACCCAGCGCAAAAAGAUCAUGCGCGCCAAGAAGGCAAAGGGCGACAGGGCGACCCGAUGA